CACCAGCAGAGAGAAGUAGUUUGGACAAAUUAUGUAGGUGGCGUCUGGCGGAACAAGGAGUCGAAUUAGCUUAACGAAAGUCAAAACUGCAAAGAAAGGAGCAAACACAGAGAACACUUGGUCAUUUAGUGGAUUUGAACACAUACGGAUGUGCUGGGUUGUUGAUUGGGACUGUCGAAAACAACAAAAAGGGAAAUUAACAAGAACGGGCUUACAUACUCUCGCUAGUCUCAGGAGUGUGUGUGUAGGUGUGUCUUUAUGUGUGUCCACGAGCAGGAGCGUGCGUGUCUCUUUGUGUGAGUGUGUUUGUGUGUGCGCACACUUAUCUCGAGUCUAUAAGCGUGAGAGUGUGUGUUCAUGUGUCCGAGUAUGAGGGCAGUAGUGCUGCUGUGUGUCCUGGUUGCGGCCGGGGCUGGUCUGGGUGCAGCAUCCCGCUUCAGCCGGGACUCCCAGACCCCGGGGGAGGUGGAGGCCCCCAACAGCACCCUCCCCACCCACCCCCGGCCCGCACGCCCCAACGGCCUCCACCCCCCCAUGUGCGUCAACCCCACAGAGAUCAAGCACGCCUUCAAGUAUGUGAACACGGUGGUGUCCUGCGUGAUCUUUGUGGUGGGCAUCAUCGGCAACUCCACGCUCCUGAGGAUCAUCUACAAGAACAAAUGCAUGAGGAACAGUCCCAACGUUCUCAUAGGCAGCCUGGCCCUGGGGGAUCUGCUCUACAUCCUCAUCGCCAUCCCCAUCAACGUGUUCAAGCUCAUUGCUGAGGACUGGCCUUUCGGGGUACACAUGUGUAAGCUCAUGCCCUUCAUCCAGAAGGCAUCAGUGGGCAUCACCGUCCUCAGCCUGUGUGCCCUCAGUAUUGACCGAUACCAUGCGGUGACAUCUUGGAGCAGGGUGAAGGGGAUGGGGAUCCCCCUAUGGAAGGCAGUGGAGGUGACGUUGAUCUGGCUGGCUGCCGUAGCCCUGGCUGUUCCAGAGGCCCUGGCCUUCGAUAUGAUGGAGAUGCCCUACAGAGGCAGCAAGCUGAGGGUCUGUCUGCUCCACCCUCAACAGAGCACACCCUUUAUGAAGUUCUACCAGGAUGUGAAGGACUGGUGGCUGUUUGGAUUCUACUUCUGCCUGCCUCUGGCCUGCACUGGGGUCUUCUACACGCUCAUGUCCUGCGAAAUGCUGAGCCGCAAGAAAGGCAUGCGUAUCGCUCUCAACGAUCACAUGAAACAGCGGAGGGAAGUGGCUAAGACGGUGUUUUGCCUUGUGGUGAUAUUCGCUCUGUGCUGGCUACCUCUACAUCUUAGUCGCAUCUUGAAAAAAACUAUGUACGACCAGAACGACCCCAACCGCUGUGAACUGCUCAGUUUCCUGUUGGUGAUGGAUUACAUUGGCAUCAACAUGGCGUCGCUUAACUCCUGCAUCAACCCCAUCGCUCUCUACUUUGUCAGCCAAAAGUUCAAGAACUGCUUUAAGUCCUGCCUCUGCUGCUGGUGUUACAGGCCAGGCCGGAAUGUGGCCCCUACAGAUGAGAGGGGGUCCGGGGUCCGCUGGAAGGGCUCCUGCCAUGGCAACGGACUGGACCGCAGCAGUUCCCGCUCCAGUCAGAAAUACAGCUUGACCUAAAUACACACAUUCACACAGACAUAUACAUACACACACCAGACCCUACCACAAAUCUACUGUAUGUACCCCAUCCACCUAGCCCCCAGUCCCUGUUAAGAGUUGCUAUGACACUGACAUCACUUCCCACAAGAUCAGCACUACCACUGCCGUAAACACGCCUUCAGACCACAGAAGAAGAUGAGCAGGAAGAAGAAUGGCCAGACAGGAGAUCAAGGAGGAGAAGGAAUGAGGGUGAAGGCACUGACUCCACAAGAAGAAUCCCACCAGUAGCUUGAGACUCGGAAUAAAACCUUGUAAAGCAGGACCAAAGCAAGUGGUAGCACUUUACCAUGCAACCAACACUAGCCUCAGCUUGUAUGAUGAAGGGACUGAGUCCUGGCCAGGUGAUUAAGCCCUCAUUAUGGGACAAGUCUACAAGACUGAGAGCACUAAAGACUAAGACUAUGGAACACUGUUUUAAUUUAAAAAGUGUAUGGAUAAAACAUUGUAAAUAAGUUCAUAAAUGUCUGGGUAUAUGAUGACUAGGUAGCAUGUACACUUAGCGGCAUACAGUGUACAGUAUAGAGUACAGUGGGUUUAGCCUUACUGUUAAUACAAGAAAUGCAAUGCUGUGAAUACAGUGUACCAAAUAAAAGAAAGCACAUACACACA